CGCCGGCUCCCUCUGGACGGGACCGCAGCAGCGCCACGCCAGGCCUGCCAACCCCGCGCGCACAAGCCCCGAGGCGCCGAGCCACAGAGACCAGGAUGCUGUCCUGUUGUCGGCUGCACUGCUGCGCUCUGGCGGUGGCGGCGACAGUGCUGCUGUGCGUGGCUGCGGCGGCGAGCAGCAGAGACGCCUGGGAGCGACCCGGCUGCCACAAAGUCGGACACACCCGCACCAUCAGCAUCCCCGACUGCGUGCAGUUCCCCAUCACCACGAACGCGUGUCGCGGCUACUGCGAGUCGUGGGCCAUCCCCUCGGCGCUGGAGACCCUGCGAGUCAACCCGCACCAGGCCAUCACGUCCGUGGGCCAGUGCUGCAACAUCAUGGACACGGAGGACGUCGAGGUGCGAGUGAUGUGUCUGGACGGGACACGAGACCUCGUGUUCAAGUCUGCUAAGAGCUGCUCGUGCUACCACUGUAAGAAGGACUAACUCUGCUGCAGCUGCUGGUGAACCUCGCCUCCACUCCUACCUCUUCUGAGCUCAUCAUUCUCUGCUAUGCGCAUUCUGCCUCUGUGAAGCACACAAGGAGCAGCUCUUGCUACCAUUGCAAGAAAGUCUAACCCUUGCUGCUGGUGAACGUUGUCUCCACUCUUACCUCUUCUGGGCUCAUCAUCUCCUGCUACGCGCAUUCUGCUUUCGUGACGCUGGUUUUUACUGCAAUGCCACUACGUUUCGAGAACAUUAUGUAACAAUUCCCGCAAUAUGUCAUUUCAGCCUUAUUUAAUUUUUUCUUACGAUCAUGUAGGAAUUAUCAUUAUCCAAUAGUAAACUUUCGUUUUAUUCAAAUGUAAAUUUCCUUGGAAAUGUUUCACAUAUGAAUUUUUCUGAUGCAAUGCACAACCAGUAUUUUAUUUAUUGUGAUGGCAGAAUUUUAUUUUUGUGUUUAUAGAUGAUACUGCACAUAUUUUUUGAUGAUUAUUACUGAAAAUUUUAUUUUGUUUUGAAUGAAGGUAAAAGUAAUCUCUAUGCAUUUAAUAUUCAGUGAUUAUCAGCAACAGGAAUAAAUAAUCAUGUAACUAUUUGUACAUCAGAGAUAUAAGUAUAAGAAACUGUAAAAAUGAAUGACAUCAUUGAAAUGAAACAAAUGGGUUCGUUUAAUAAUUGUAUUUUUUGGACUAGGAUUACUGAUGAGCGAUGACUAUCCUAUUUUAAUUCAAAUUUGUUAAUUUGGAGUUAAUUUUCUUCUUUAGGUUAAGAGUCUCAUAAACAAGGAAUUCAUUAUCUGUUAUACUAUUUUUAUAUUUUUAUUUAAUAGCUAAACAAUCAGUUAUUAACACGUUUAAAAAAGAAAACAAUAAUACUGGUCACUCUACAUGGUAUCACUGCUUUUUUUUAAAUAUAGAAUUUGGCUCACUUUAAUCUCGUCUAAUCCAUGAUGCCGUGUUUAAGCUUUCUUCAGGAUCCAAUCUAAGAGAUGUGUAAUUCUGUAGCUUUAGUCUGGAGCUGUACAGUUUAAAGUGUUGUCGUUUGAGGCGCGGUCGCGAGAUAAAGACUUGCUUCCGUGAAACAGACGUUACGACCAGGAAAGGCUUGCCUCGGGGCUGUAAAGUGCUGCGACGGGUAGGAAUCCUCUCCCUGAAUAAAGAUUCGCCUGAUUGUUCUUGAUUGUUUUUAACUUUGGUCUCAGAGGAUGUUUUGAUUGCAUGAUAAUAUUAAUAAGUACAAUUAAGUUCACCUUAGGCUGCCAGCCAGCUAUAUUGUCUAUCGUAAAAAAAAAAAAAAAACAAAUUCUAAUAUUAUUUAUGAAUUAACUUUUUUUUUAAUUUUCAACAUUUCUUUCUUCAAUGGUUUAGUUUUUAAUAAGGCUCGUGAAUAUAAUGAAAAUAAGUGCACAAGGUUAAAAAUAUUUCUCCCAACCUAAGUGUGGGAGAAGUUACAUUGUCCUACAGACUAUCUUGCACAUUUUUUUUUGUUUCGCUGUAAGUGACCAUCUCAAUGAAUGUUAUUUAGUUGGUCUGAUGAUGCUAAUGACUAUUUUGACUACGGCUUCGUUAACUACGUUUUCCAUACAAUUUAAUUUUUUUAGGCGCCAAGACUUUUAAAUACAUAAUCAAGGUAAAAUUGACAUUCCAGCUACUGUAGUGCAUUUAGAGAAUAUAGAGAAUUAAAAUAAAUAUAAAAAAUCCAUAUUUAAUUUAUUAUUAUACAUUUGCUUUUAUAUAGUUACAAUUAGCUAAUAAUAUAUAUGUUGCAGUAUCUGCUAUUUAGAUCUUUUUAUUUCAAAGCAUAUAAUUUAUUUUUGUGUCUUCAUCGCGAUCACCUAUUGUAUUCUUCAUUUAGCCUCUUGUUUUUCCUUGUUGAAAAUAUUUUUGAUUCAUUGUAAAAUAGUUAUCUAUAUUUGCAAUGUAAAAUGCAUACUAAUAUAAAAAAUACUCAAUUUUAUUUUAUUGAAGUUUAAGUUUUAUAAAAUUGAUGUUAUUAGCAAUAACCUGCCCUUAAUAAUAGUUUUUUUUAUUUAAAUUGUUGACAUUGGCUAAACCUAAACUUCUUAAUUCAAAAAUAUGUCUAGCAUACAGUUUUAAGAGAAGUAAAACCAAAAUAUAUACUGAAAAUCAUCUGAUGGGCAAAAAUUUCUUGCAUUGUGUGUAACUGCAAUCUUUCAAAACGUUUUAACGAAAUGUGUUAAUGUGAUAUUUUAUCAUGUGUUCAUGCAUGUUUCAUAACACAAUCACCUGUAUUUAAGUAUGCUUAAAGUUCUGCGUGUUAAAAUGAACCUUGUUUUGAACUGACUUAUGGAUUUGUAAAUAAAUACUUUCAAAGAGCAGAAACAAAA